AGCACCGUCCUUUCCGGUUCGCUCUAUCGAGUGACUGCGUCUUAUUUAGUUUUAGCUGUAAUCAAAUCUUUCUCCAUCUUCCACAAUGAGGAUCUACAAAGAUAUUUUCACCGGUGAUGAGAUGUUCUCAGAUACCUACAAACUAAAGCUGGUCGAUGACGUCCUUUAUGAAGUGUAUGGUAAACUUGUCACACGCAAGGCUGGAUCCAUCGAAAUAGCAGGAUUCAACCCUUCAGCUGAAGAAGCCGAUGAAGGCACGGAUGAGGCUGUCGAAUCAGGAGUUGAUGUAGUGUUAAAUCAUCGUCUCCAAGAAACUUUUGCCUUCCACGACAAAAAAUCCUACACUCUGUACCUCAAGGAUUACAUGAAGAAAUUAGUUGCCAGACUGGAAGAAAAAGCACCGGAUCAGGUUGAAAUUUUUAAGACCAACAUGAACAAAGUGAUGAAAGAUAUUCUCUCAAGAUUCAAGGAGCUACAAUUUUUCACCGGCGAAUCAAUGGAUAUCGAUGGAAUUGUUGGUUUAAUGGAAUACCGUGAUAUUGACGGUGACUCAGUGCCAGUACUGAUGUUCUUCAAGCACGGCCUAGAUGAGGAGAAAUUCUAAAUAAUUCUUAGAUAUGAAACAAAUUGUGGAAAAAAAUUUUAUAAGCUGAAGUUAAGACUGCCCACAACGCGACGCCGCUGUGAAAUUAAGUUACAAAUAACCCUUCCAAUUUCUUGUAUUGAUUGCAGUUUUAUUUAUCAAAAAGAAAACCUAAACAAUAUUAAACACUAGUUGAUUGUCUUUCAAAACUGUACAUACUCAGAUAAAUAUUUAUCACUUGUCACAUUCAGCUCUUACUUCAAAGACAUGAACUCCAACUUUUAAGACUAAACGUGUUUGUUAGUCUAUUUAUUUUUUUAUUUCCACUUCUCUUAACAGAAUUAAUUUAUACACUUGUAUUUAUUACGGAAUGGAAGAUGGGGAAAGAAGACGGUAGCACAACACCUUGAUCAACAAUACAUUGCGAAUUAUUUACAGCUGUUACAUCAAUACUAAUUAUUUUUGUUUCUGAAAUAAAUUCGAUACACCUAUGUCUGACGAAAUAAACUAUUGACGUUUUCAUAAA